UGUUGAACUUCAAAGGGAGAUAAGUUGUUUGUUUAUGUCUUGUGACAACGUCAGGUGGUUAUGAAAAUCUAUAUUUUUAAAUUUUUCAUAAAGAAGACAUUGUCACUAAAGGAAAUUUAAUGCAAAAUGUCUGACCAACCUCCACCAUAUGCAGAAAGGGAGGGUCUUCAAGGUCAAGCCAAUAGAGCCUAUGGUGCCAUUCCACCUCCGGCAGGGGCAUACAAUGACCCUCAUCAAAAACCAGCUGGGGCUUAUGAUCCACGAUACCCUAGAGACCCAUCACAGGGGUACAACCCUACAACAUAUCCCCCACAACCAGCUGGAUAUGCUGGACCUCCUCCAGGACAAGGAUAUCCUGCUGGAGGAUAUACAGGGCCAGCUGGAUAUCAUGGUCAAAGUUCAUCGUCACAGCAACAGAUUAUAGUACAACAGCAACCACCCACACAAGUAGUGGUAGUUGGAGGUUGUCCUGCAUGUAGGGUGGGAGUGUUAGAAGAAGAUUACACCUGUCUAGGAGUGUUGUGUGCCAUAUUGUUUUUCCCAUUAGGACUUUUGUGUUGUUUAGCAAUGAGACAAAGAAGAUGUCCAAAUUGUGGGGCAGUUUUUGAUUGAAUAUAACAUAAUGUCCAUUAUUCGUAGCGUUGUAACCAGAAAGUUAAAAUGUUUGUUCAGUGAAUUCUAUAGUAUCAUUAUAGUAUACGUCCAUUUCACAAAUUCUCCACUUUUUGUGUAAAGUAUAGAUUUUGUGACCAGAUAAGAUAAGAUAAAAAUAAAAAGAAUAUUGUGGAUGGUUAUAUGUGAAAAAAGUGUAAAUUAAGUUUUUGAUUUAUCUUUAAGAGUGUUCUUUUACAUUUUGUUUUGGUAAUCGUAUCUACAACUCUGCUUGUAACUUAAAAACUUUUCACUAGUAUGAUGGCUUUUUUGAUGCAAACAAAAGAAUGUAUAUAUGUACAGUAAAAUUCUUUUUACUAAAUCUUAAUGUGAAGUUUGACAGAAAAUGUAUAUCCAUGUUUAUUUUUAAAGAGAUUUAUGAAGCAUAAUGAGAAUAUUAAGUAGAUUUUUUAUAUUAAUGUUUAGUUAGUUUUAUUACAUUAUCACUGCAUAAAAUUUUGAAUGGCUUCAUUUGAUAUACAGAAAAUUACCAGCUUUUUGACAAGCCUCAAAGUCUUUAUGGUAUUACACCCAUUUUUCAUUUACCAAUUUACAUAUCUGAUCAUUAAAAAAUAAGUUUGUGUAACCAGAAUGAGACCAAGUAGCAAAUGAUGCCAUUUCGUCAUUAUUAUAAAAUUUGUGAUUCAAACAACAAACAGCAUGAGCUAUUUCAACAUGUUAAAAAUGAGAAAAAGACUAUGAUAAUUCUUUUUAACAGUUAUUGUACAACUUACAAAUGUACAGAUAUGUGUGUAACUAAUGUUUGUUUUACUUAUGUCUAAUUCAUUUGAAAACAUUUAACACUUAGCAAUGUAUCAUGCUUAUAACAUGUAUGAUUUGUUUACAUUUGUCAUUUUUGGGACCUUUUAUAGCUGUGACCUAAGGGUUUAACUCAUUGUUGAAGGUCGUAUGGUGACCUAUAGUUGUUAAUUUCUGUGUCAAUUUGUCUUUUGUAGGAAGUUGUUUCAUUGGUAAUCAUACACAUCUUCUCAUUUAUAUAUGAAAAGCUUGUUCAAUAUGUAAUACAAUUUGUAGUCUUGAAAAGCAAUGCAUGGGUUUAUUUCAGAGCUGCAAAAAAAGUAUGGAUUUUUGGAAACAAAGGGUAGAAAAAUUAGAAGUGGGAAAAAUUAUCACCAAAAAGUGAAAUUUGGAAAUGAGCACUCCUGUGUCACACUUUCCCAUUGCUUUUUACCAUCAAAAUGUUAUCAGAUAUAAUUGAAACAACAUAAAGAAAUAUUUGUGUUGAUUGUGCAUGAUGAUACACAUUUCAGUAGAGUUGUUAUUAAAUCAGUAUUCUUGUUUUUCUUUCUAUUUCUUCUGUUGAAUACUACAAGAUUGUAGAUUUAGAACUGGUGUAUCUUUCACAUUAUAUUGUGCAUAUCUGUUGCCUUUAUAAAUGGCAUCUAUUAUUAGUUAUUUGGCUGUUCACAUUUAGGAAUAUGCAUACCUAUACAUGUUACAAUAAAUUUAAUUCAUGUAAUGACAAGCAUAAAAAAUCAAACAAUUAUCUUGGAAACCUACAGUGAAACCUCAAAAAGUUUUCAAUAACCUAGAAUAUUUUCAUUUGAGAAUUUUCAUAUAAUUUAAAUAUGUGCAGAUUAUGAAUCAUAUGUAAUUGUUUCGUUUUCUUAUGUAAUCACUGGCUCUUACAUGUUGUUUAUUAAUUUGUUUACUUUAGUGCAAUCUGUUUUUUUGGUGUUUAGGGGUUGCUGUAAUAAUUUGCCCACCCUGCAUUAUAGAUAUGAAGCCUAAACCUAAUUUACUUUUUUGUCUGGAUCCUUUAUUUAGGUGAAGCUUUCAAUAGCUAUCUUGUAUGCUAUAAAAGAACAGGAUGAUCUGUUUAUGGAAAUGUACAUUGUAAAAAAUAUUGAUUUAAUCUAUGAUUUUUUUUUGUCAUUUGUUGAUUAAAUGAUUUUAACCAUA